UGAUGUGAUUGAAGUCUAUAUAAACCAACAAUCUACUCCUUCACCUCGAUCUACUCCAACCACGACCACCGCCGCCGUCACCAAUUCGAUGACCACGACGACCAGCCAGCGGAGACAGGCCAUGGCGACCUGCAGCCAUCUGCUCCUGGCGCUCGUCGUCGUUGCCGCCGCCGUUGAUUCCACCGCGGCGUUCGAUCAGGAUCACACGCCGUUCAAGCCGAUCCCGGACCUCUCCGUCCCGCGCAUCCAGGAGCUCGGCCGAUGGGCCGUGCAGCAGCACAAUGAUCAGACGGGCGACCGCCUGACGUUCACCAGAGUGAACGGCGGGCAGUUCCAGAUUGUGGCGCCGGCGCUCAACUACCUGCUUGACAUUGACGCGACCAACGUCCACGGCACGGCCAGCACGCACACCGCCCUCAUCUUCGUGCAGUACUGGACCAACACGCAACGGCUCGACUCUUUCAACUGAUCCAACCAAUGACAUAUGUACCGAUCGCGCUGUUAGAAGGGAGAGAGAGGAAUUGUUGCGGAAUAUGAUGGAUGUAUUAUUGAGCCUUGAGGGCGAGUAUAUAUUGAGUACAAGACUUGGAGGGCAAGACGCCUCUCCUAGAGAUAAGGUAGGAAUCCUAAACUACCAAAUAUAUGUAACCCAAAUAUAUCUCUAACAUCCCC